AUGCAAAAGAAACAACUAUCACUUUUCCUGAUAGUAAUUAUAAUUGGAAGUUUAGUGCCAGGUGGUUUGGCAGAGGAAGAAAUCUCUCAGUUGGAAGAGAGUGCUCAGAACUUUCAUUUUCUACAAUAUAUUCAAGAUUCCAUAAGAAUGGAUGCCAUUAAGAACAUUAUCAACCAAUUGUACCCUUCUUAUGCCGAGGAGGAGAGAAUUCUAAAGGCAGCCACCGAAGAGUCGAGAAAAGUUGUACAACAAAUCGAUUCUCCAGCCGAGCAAGGAGAGAAAGUUGUAUUGGAAGCCAUGAACAUUCUCCAAGAGAUGGCCACCAGAUUGAACAGAGCAUCGCCACCACCAACUAGAAAGCUCAAUGCCGGAUUUUUGGGUGGAUUCAUCGGAGGACUCUUCUCGGGAUACGGUGGUACCCAAACCUCUGGAUUCCAAACUGGAAAUCCAACUCCAGGUCAGGAGGCAAUCGGUGCCACCUACGGUGCUCUACAGGGUGUACUCGGUGCCAAUCUAGGUGAUUCCACCGGUGCACAAGCCACCCAGCUACAAACUGUCAACGGUAUCCAACUCACCGUGCCAGUUACAGCCAAUCCCAACGUCAUUUUGACCACCCCAGUGUCGACCCUCUCCGUUGUGCCACCACCAGUCGGUGGUUUCACAAUUCUCACAGUAAAGCCAACCGGUAAUCAAAACGACGGUCUCAUCGGUCAAACCAUCGUAUCUGCACAAGGAACAGGUGUUGCCUCCGUCGCAGGUGUUUUGGGUGGUCGUACCAGUGCUUCUUCAAUCGCCAAAUCCGUCGGUAACGUACUGGAUUUCACAGUCGGUCAGGUUAUUGCCGGUGGAAACACUGGUUCCGUAGGUCAAUCCAUUGGUACCAACCAGAAUACCAUUGCCAUUUCCAUCGCCGGUCUCCUCGCCGGUGCCAAAACUGGUUCGUCGUCGUCGGCUGGUUCCGUCGCUGAGGUAAUUGGUAACAACGCCGUGCAGAGUGUCGGUCACGUUAUUUCCGGUCCAACCGGUACACUCGCGCGUACCAUAGGAGGUCUCUUCUCCAGUUUGGCACACACCAUCGUAGGUCAGGGUGGAUCGAUCGCCAGAAUCAUUGCCGGUAACUUCCAGUUGAUUGCCGGUCCACCAGCACCACACCACGCACCAGUCGCCGUUGUCACCGGUGUUCAACGUGAAAUCAGCUACGGUUACGAGCCACAACAGAAUGCACUCGACUACCAUCUCAAACAAGCCUACAGCCAACCGGCAUUCGUCCAACAACAACAACAAACUGAUGUUCAACCAACUGUUGUUCGUGCUCAAUAUGAUAAUUAA